CAUGUUGCAAACUUCUUCAGUUUUAGUUAAUUUUAAUUGAUUGUGUAUUGAAAUUUUAAUAAAAAUUUCUGUCCUGCCUUUACUGAUAAACUUAGUGAGAAAAUAAACUUUGAAGUUGCGGCUCGUUUUUAGUUAAUUUGACAUAAAACGAUUUUUUUCAAAUGAAUUCAUAUUUUUUGUUGUAAAUAAUACGUACUUUAAUGCAUAAGUCAAAUGGCCACCGAAGUCCUUCUUCCAGAAAAUGUGGAAGAUAUUUCGUUGUAUUUCAGAUAAAGAAAUUCUCCCGUAGGGAGGUCAUAGACGUCAUCCAGGACUUUAUCCAUGGAGAAGGGGUAUGGAUAAGUUCUCUAGAGACAACAGUUUUUCCAUCGUCGAGCACCAGAAUGGAGGAGUGCCAGAGGAUAUUCGAUAUUCGUACAGCCCCACACAGGCCCGAUGCGCUUGAGGAAUUUCUACAGGACAUUUUUGAAGAGGUUCUCCCAGGGACCCCGAUGUGGGCCAAAGGACAGAGGAAAUCUCUGAAACGCUCAAGGAGGUCAAUGAAUACAAAAAGUUACUAAAUUUAAAAUAAUUAAUGUACAUUUGGUGCUAUAAUAAUUAAUAUAACUGCAUGUAACAUUUUUCUUAAU